AUGGCCCCGCUGGAUAAGCCGCCUCCGGACUGGGAAGCAGAGGCUGCACGUUCAUUAGGAGUUGAAAUGGGAGGGGGUGGAGCAGGUGCUAGUAGUGGCGAUGGGGAGGGUGCUGGCACUGGCAACGGGAAGGGUGCUGGCACUGGCGAUGGGGAGAGUGCUGGCACCGGCGAUGGUGGGGAGGGUUUUGGUGCUGGCGGUGGGGAGGGUUUUGGUGGUGGUGACGGAGAGGGUUUUGGUACUGGCGACGGGAAGGGUUUUGGUGGUGAUGACGGAGAGGGUUUUGGUACUGGCGAUGGGGAGGGUUUUGGUGGUGGUGACGGAGAGGGUUUUGGUACCGGCGAUGGGGAGGGUUUUGGUGGUGGUGACGGAGAGGGUUUUGGUACUGGCGAUGGGGAGGGUUUUGGUGGUGGUGACGGAGAGGGUUUUGGUACUGGCGAUGGGGAGGGUUUUGGUGGUGGUGACGGAGAGGGUUUUGGUACUGGCGAUGGGGAGGGUUUUGGUGGUGGUGACGGAGAGGGUUUUGGUACUGGCGAUGGGGAGGGUUUUGGUGGUGGUGACGGAGAGGGUUUUGGUACUGGCGAUGGGGAGGGUUUUGGCACUGGCGAUGGAGAGGGUACAAGUAUGGGGUAG